AUGAUAUUGACAUUUUUUUAUGUGAUAGCAACAUCAAUUCAAUCAAGAAGAUUUUUAUUUUUGAAAACUCAUUUACGCAAUUUGUUUCAAGGAAACACAACUACUUGUCCAUCAGUAAUGUUUUAUAACAAAACAUUAAAUUCACAUAAAGAAUCAAAACCUUCCAUGGAUGAUUGUGAAAAUGAUGAAUUUAUGACUUCUUGUCUAUGCAUGAAUAAACAUGAUGCUAGAUUGGCAGAGUUACUGUGGUAUGGUGGCGAUAUGAGGUUGUGCACUAUAUUUCCUCAACAAAAAGUUGAUGUUUCAAGUUGGCUAACAUAUCAAUAUGGCAAAACAUUUUUUCCCUUAUAUACAAAUAACCAUAGUGGAAUUUUACUACAAUCAGAAUACAAACUUUAUAUCCUUGUUGAAGCUAAUCUUGAUAGCUAUGAACCUAUAGCUGCAUCACAAGCCACAAAGGUCGAGGAUUACGGUCUAAUUAUUACGUGGACGGUAAAUAAAAAUAUUGAUUUGAUUAUAGAAUCUGAUUUGGAUAUGGUUGCAAAAUUUUUUAUGGCAGCAAUGGAAGGUCAAUGUUACAUUAAUAAUGGCUUAUUGCUGAAACGUAUAGAAACUGUCCUAGUAUCAGGGAAGCCCUGUUUUUACAACAAUGAUCUAUUGAAUACACCCCCAUCCAAAAAAUUUAUAGACAAAGUAGAAUGGGAAACGCACACGAAAAAGUUAAGAUCAUUAAGUAACACUGCUAAACUUGCGUCCGAAAAAUGCGAAUCAUUCGAAGUUAAAGAUUUUCCAGGCGUAAUAGUAUAUCCAGAAAAUACUGUAACAGAUGCACAAAUUGGCCAUAUGUUACGUGUAGCGUCCAGUGAAAUGCUAGAAAGUGAGAUUAGAAGUGAAGUUUGUACACCAAUUUCAGUAAACAUUCCCCAACAAGAAAAUCAAUCAACAUUGACAGAUGAAAUACAAGAUGCUGCCAAAGAUACUAUACAAUCUCAAGAUAUUCUAAAUUCUGAUAGUAAAUCACUUGAUAAACUUGAUAACUUGGAAGAAGUAUCAAAUGUUACAGAACAAGUAUCCAGUGGUAUUGAAAAUAUAAAGGAAUUUUUUGAACAAAAAGCAUUUUAUGAUGCCAGGGACAGAAAAGUAACAUCUGCUAGCACCUUAGAAGGUUCUAUGACGGAAAUAAUAAAGAAGUUACCAAAUAAAGAUAUAAAACCACCCAAUAUUCUGAUCUAUUCUGAUAGUCUCCUUGCACGUAAUAAUGUGAAGAGUGUAUUAGAAGAAUCUCUUGGCACAGAUAAAUACACUAUAUAUGCUUUGUCUUCGCAAGAAGCACGCAAUGACGCUUGGAUAGAAAAUGCAGCUUUAGUUGUUGUUUGUGGAAACGUUGGCAAUGAAAUCGGAAAUCAAAUCGUAGAAUAUAUCCUUCGAGGUGGUAAACUUCUUGCUUUAUGCUCCGACAUAAUUCAUAUUUUACUUCCGUCGUUUAAAACGGCAGAAGUGCGCGAGAAUGAACUCGUUCACUUCUCUUAUGGGAAGUGGAAGCAUGUACGCAUGAUGCAUCAUAUCUUCUGUUAUCAAGCAUCUCCUGUAAGAACAAAAUUCUCUCAGGAUAAUGAAGAUGUAAAAGUGUCUGGUGUGUCUCCUCCUACUUCGGUAAACGUGAAAGAUAAGAAAGGAAAUUCACAUUUGUUUAAUUUGAAAGUGCUUGGAACAGAAGAAACCUGGCAUACACCAAGUAUAUUACUUGCAACUCUUUCAGAAAGUGGUGGAAAAGUUGUUUUUUCUCAGAUACAUUUGGAGGUAGAUCCCAUGCAAUAUGAACUGGAGGAAAGUAAAUUUAAUGCUUUAAAAGAAAGCAACGCGACUAGACUAGAAAUAUUUAACGAUUUGUUAAAACUGCAUCUCGGGGUAAAACUUCGUAGCACUUCAGGAAAGAUUCCACCCAUGAAUUAUACACCAGCUUUUUUCUUGGGAAGGCAUGAGUUGAAGCUGGAAAUGUUAGAUAGAUUGAAGGAGGCAAUGCAAUCAAACGACGUUUUAAAGAUGUCAAACCUGGAAAUCCAAUUUUGUCGAAGUAGUACAGUUCCUCGAGCAGCUUCGUGCUCGUUUCUUCCCAUUAUGGUACAUCAGUGUCCUGACAAUUUCUCAACCGUGGAAUAUUUUGAGAAUUUAAAUUCAAAAGAAUUAGGACGUUUAGUAAUAUACGCCGACGUAAUGACAUCAUCAAUGGAUGCACUAAAUGGUCUGCAAUUACAACAUGGCUUGGCUGUUAUUGUUCGUUAUCAAACUAAGGGACGCGGAAGGAGUUAUAAUAUGUGGCUCAGUCCAGAUGGAUGCGCAAUGUUUACCUUACAACUUCAUAUACCUACUAAUACAAUACUUGGAAAUCGUAUUUCAAUCUUGCAACAUGUGGUUUCCGUUGCAAUUGUGUCUGCAUUUAAAACUAUGCCCGGAUAUGAGGAAAUUGAUCUCAGAUUAAAAUGGCCUAAUGAUAUUUAUGCGGGUGAUAAUAUUAAGAUUGGCGGUAUAAUUAUAAACACGCAUGUAAUGUCAGGACUUAAUAUCUGUAAUGUUGGGGUUGGACUGAAUUUGUUCAAUAACGAACCCACAUGUUGCAUUAAUGAGAUAAUUGAUAUGUAUAACAAUAUGUAUCAUAAAGACUUAAAAAUGAUAUCGUAUGAACACUAUUUUGCGAUUGUAUUCAAUGAAAUUGAAAGAUGGUUAAACAUCGUACAAAGUGGUAAUGUAGAUGCUUUCUUAGAUGCGUAUUAUGCAUAUUGGGUACACACCGACGUGAAUGUGAAAGUAUUAUCAGCGUCAGGUGUAUCACAAAAUGCUAAAAUAUUAGGUAUCGAUGAUUUUGGAUAUUUACGUGUGCGAGGAGAAGAUGGGAAGAUAUUUACCGUACAUCCAGACGGUAACACUUUCGAUUGCCUUAAAGGUCUUAUAGCUCCGGUGUAA